AUGAACUCACAAGUAAACUCAGACCAACAAGAACAACAACCUGCUGUGUUUCAAGAGGAACAACAAGAACAACAACAACAGCAACAGCAGUUUAGACAAGUAUGUUUUAACCCUGCGACUGCAGCAGCUGCUGCGGCAGCUGUAGCAGCAACAACAGUGGCAACUGCAGGAUCAUCAUCGACAACACCUUCUGAUAACAGUGCACCAGUGACUACGUCUAACAAACGCAACUCAUCAUCUUCAAGUGAUCCAGCCAAGCGUAUUAGAUUGGACACAUCUGCAUCUGGAUCCACCACCAACAAUAUCACUACACCUAAAUUCAUACGCCGAUUCAGAUCUAGAUCAUUACCAAUCAUCAACUUCAGUAAUCAUGCAGCUACCUCAGCUACCACUUCCACUUUCUAUCCUCAUAAAAAACACCAUAACUUAUUCUCCACAACCAAUCAUCAUAUAAACAGUAACAGUAGCAGCAAUAGUAGCAGCAACAGUACCAUUCCACCAUUACCACCUAUUAACCUUCAAUCGUUAAAGGAAAUCGACUUGCAUGAAAUAUUAAAGAACCCACAAUUGAGACACGACAUUUUAUUUGACCCUCAAUUACAGUUUAGACCAAAUUUGGAUGGCGAGCGAGGUAAACGUAAAAAGUCAAUCAUUGACAAAUAUUGGUUAGAGAUUCAAAAAGAAUGUCUGCAGUUUUUCAACAGACAACAAAAUGUCGCAAUAAAACUUAAUAGAUUGCCAAUAUUAUUCACAACAUUGAGAGAUAUUUUAUUACUGUUAUUACCAACAAAAGACCGUCAACAUGUUGAAGAAAUCUUGGACAUUGAAUUAUUAAUUCAGCAAUUAAACCAUGGAAGUUUUGAUUUUGUGGAAAUGUCCAACUGGUUAGGUGAAGUGUUUAAGAAUCAUUGUGCGCCAAUGAGAGACCAAUGGGUUAGUGAAAUGAAUGAGAAAUUUGUCAAGAGUUAUACCCUUAAUAAUGUUGAAUAUUUAGUUGAAGGUUUAAGAAUGAUUUUCCAAAUAUUAGAGGCCAUGAAGUUAGAUGUUGCCAAUCAUCAAAUUAGAAUAUUACGUCCUGUUUUAAUUGAAACUGCUAUUGAUUUCGAACGCGAUUAUUUCCAGACAUUAAUUAAUCACGGAAAAAUUAAUAUUAAUGAUUCCUUGAAUUGGUUUUACAAAAAAUAUAUGAAAAAAAUAACGCCUGAUGCACAAACUAACAUUAAUGACACCACCUUGAAACCAAUUAUAAUAUCUUCAAUCAUUGAUUUAUUAAGUUGUCGACAAAUGGCUACGGAAUUCCCAUCAACAUUAACAUUUGACCAUACAAGAUUAGUUUUAUUACGGGCUGACGUAAGACAAUUAGUUUGUAUUCAAUUAUGUGUUAUCUUGUACAAACAGUUGAUUAUCAAUUCCAAAGUACCAAAUUCAUCUGAAUUACUUUCCUCAGCAAAUAUUUCAAAAGUUCAACAAGAUAUAUUGGCAAUUGUUACUGAUGAUAAUGGAAACAUUAAAUGGACCAAGAACAUUUCCUCCAUUUCUUUACAAUUGGUUAAAUAUUUAUACCCACAACAAAUAUCUCAAGUUAACUUACCUAAGGAUUUAAUUGAUUUCAGUUACAACUGGUUGAUUAAACAUAUUCAACCAAAUUCUCAAGUUUAUGGCUUGAUGGAAAUUAAAAUUUUCAAUCAAUUGUUACUGGAAAUCGUCAAUAUAAUUGACGGAGUUGAUGAGCGUGAAUUGGAAUUAACUAAAUCUGCUCCUAAUAAUACUACCGAAAUGAAGAAUAUUGCCACCAGAAUCGCCACUUUGGUAAAAUUCCACUGGAAUGUUUUCGGUAACUAUUAUAUUGAUUAUAUUAAAUCUCAGCAUGUGAAGUUACAACAAGAUAAUACGAUAAUGAAUACUGGAUUGGUUAUUAAGCAUAAUGAAGAGGAUGGUAAUAAAGCAAGAGGUAACGGAGGUGAACGAUCUCAUACAAAUAGUAUAGAUAACAAUGCCUCUGCACCUCUAAGCAUGUUUUCAUAG